GAAGGAUAACUCUGAUAGUGGGCUACCCCUACCAGUGGCAGGGAGAGGCUGGAAAGAGCAAAUAAGGUAGGUAGCAGCGCGCUGCUGGAUGGGGCAAAUCUGAGCCGUAGUGCGCCGCGAGGAGUGGAUGGCUGUGGCCGUGGCCGUGGAUAGGGUCCGGAUGAGAAAGGGCCAAGAGAGCAGGGCAGCGGCGACAGCAGCCACCUUAAUGCACGCUGAAUCGUGGGCGAUGGGUGGUGAGGUGAUACCCGUUCGCGGAGGCGGAAACCGUGCUAUGGAGGGGAAUGGCUGCGGAGGGCUGCUGUGGAAUGGUGGUGGUUGUGAGAGGAGACGGUGUGAGCGUGGAGGGGUUUGUUGCAUUGGAGCGGCAAAGCCCAGAGCUUCUUUAGUUUUUUGCCUGACUAGUAAAAAGUCUGACAACGCAUAUCAACUGCAUGCACUGUAUCUCAGCUCAGCUCUCUCUUGCUCGUAUCUCACUGUACACUUCAAGAGGGGCAUUAUGGGUGCAAUAUGCACUCCACAACAGACUCGUCGUCCACUCCACCCCCUCAACAUGGCGCAGAGCCCAGAUAUAAAAAAUAUAUACCAAGUGACACAUUGUCUCACCCAAAGCCCCGAUCCCCACUACAACACCGCAUCAGCUCCCCGAAUUCCGGCUUCCAUGUCGUGGAAACAAAUUUCUCGAGCAGCCAAAAAAAAAAAGCGUUGAGCCGAUGAGGUGAUUCUGCCAUUCUGCGCCUCUGCGCCUCUGCGGCCAAUCACAGCUGUGAAUCCAGUCUUCCUCAACCUCAUCCUUCCCAUUUAUCC